UUUUAGUAAUUCAGAAUAUUCCGAGCUGGUCUCUGCUCCGCUAAUGGCAGUCGAAGUAGCGAAUGCGGCAGAUUAUUAAACGCCUUUUCCUUCUAUCCUUUUAGUUUUGGAUGAUUGACAUUUGACACUUGACAGUUGACUAAUCAUCUAAAUUAUAAAGCAAAAUUGGCGCCAACGACAUCCUAAAGUAAUGAAUCUGAAUUAUUUGGGACUUCAGAUACAUUGUUAAUUAUUAUUGCUAGCUACACACAUACAAUUAUCAACGUUUUAGUUAGGUUCCUAAUGUACUAUUUUUAAUAUUUUACCUCAAAAGUGUUCACGUAAAUAUCACAGUAUAAAUAUGACGGAGCAAGUGUUGUUUUAUAAUUCGAUAAAAGACGAUAUGAUCGAGAAACUUGUGAACACCGUAUCACCUGAUGGCUCAGCAGACGAUACGUCAGAUAGCUUCAAAGGCGAAGCUAAUAAUUUGGAGUCUGAAGACGAACUUGAUGAGCCUAUGUUAAGAUCUAAAAAACGUGUUCAUCACUUUUCUGACAGCAGCAGUGAGUCUGAUGAUCUUAAAAAAAAUCAAGAUAGUGUAAAAAUUUGUGACUCUGAAGAUAUGAGUACUUUAAAAAUUGGGAGUAAACAUAAAUCAAGAAUUCGAACUUUGUCUAUUAGUGACGAGGAUUUGAAUGAAACAGCUGAAAAAACAACGGAAAAAUACGAUUUAAGUAGAGUUAAAAACAAAAAGAGUAAGUUGAGAGAGAAAUUUAGAAAUUUAGUGUCCAAACAAGACCAAUGCCUGGAUAUGGAUGUUUCAUUAAAGGAAGAAUUAAAUAGCAAACUAAACAAUAUAAAUUCAGACAAGUCAGAUGAAGAACAAGUUUCAUGCAACAAAAUCAAACAGACAUUUAAAGAUAAGCAUAUGCAGAAAAUCUCAGCCAUUUGUGACCCUGACUCCUCAAGUGAUGAAGAUGAUUCUAGCAAACAAAAAAAGACAUCAAGUAUGAAGUCUAUUAGAUUAACAUCGCCUAAACCUAUAAAGAUAUCAGCUAAGCAGGCUAUGGAAAAUAAGCAGAAGAUUAAAAGUGAAUCUAACCGCAUGUUAAGAGAAAAAGAAGUUUCACUUCCAUACCAUAGACCAAAAGCUUUGUCACUCAAAGAUAUUAUGAGCAGACGGAAACCAGCUUUAGCAUCUGAUGGGAAGGUUCUAUCUGUUAAAAUGACUCCUGAACAAUUGGUACAAUAUGCUUUACAGUUAGAACAAAGACAGAAAGAAAUGAUGGAGCUUUGUAAAAGUGAUACAGAAGAAGAUGAUGAUAAGGAAACGAAAGAGAAUGAUGAGCUACCAAAUAUUCAAACAGACCUAGAUAAGACACCAGAUAUUACUAAAAUAGAUACAGAUAAUGAACCAAUGGAAAUAGUCCCAGAAGAUAAAGUGGACACUAAAAUGAUUGUUAGUGAAGAUUUAAAUCCUAUAGAGUUUACAACAAUUGCAGAAAAUAUUGACAUUAAGAAAGACUCAUUCAAUAAAAGUGUUGACGAUAUAAAAGAAUUAGAAUCUUCUGAAGAAAACAAAGUAAUAUUAGACACAACUAAUUAUGACACAAAUAAUUCUGGUUCAAAUAAUUGUGAAAAAGAUGACAGCCAAAAUAUGGAACUAUAUUACGAUUCAGAGAAAAUUGAUACUUUAAAUUUGAAUAAAGUAAAUGAAAAUCAAAUAAAUAAAAAUAUUGUUAAACAAACAAAUUCAGAAUUGAUUGAGACAGAUAAUAUUGAGAGUGAAUUUCUUGAAAAUGACUUCAAUUUUGAUGAAAUAGAUGAUAUGAUUGAAAAUAUUGCGGAUAAAGGUAACAAACGUAAUCGUUCAUCUGAAAUUUCUUUAACUACAAAACCUAAGUUAACUGGUGCCCCUGGAAUGGUUAUAGAUUUAGAGGACAAUUCUUUAUCUGAAAGUAAACUUUCCGGUGUUGAACAAUUGAAAGAAAAGUUUAAAUAUUUUGCUAGACUGAAAUCUUUAGAAGAACAAGAGAAGGAUAGAGAGAAAAAAUAUAAACCGGGUGUUCAAUUAUUAAAAUUAAAACAAGAACUUGAAGAGCAAAUAGCCGAGCAAAGAUCUUUAGAAUGGACAAAAAGAUUGGAACAGAAAAAACAAUUAGAAAUGAAUGAAAAUCACAAUACUGAUGUUGAAUUGGACGAUAUUGAAAAAGUAGAAGCUAAAUUGGAAGAACUUAACAAUAGUCAUAUAAGUAAUAAAGAAAGUUCUGAAGAAAGUGAAGAAGAAAUCUGCGAAGAUGAUUGUAUAAUUGAAGAUAAACCGAGGAAGAGAAACCCAAUGAUUGAUGAAGAAGCAGAGGAAUCAGAUGUUGAAGAUGCACCUGACGAUCAAAUCAAUGAAGUAGACAAUGGCAGUGAAGGUGAUGCAAGUGAUGAAGAUUCUAGUGAAGAUGAAUCAUCUGAUUCACAUGAUGAAGAAAACAGUAAACCAAAGAAGGGAAGGAUUUUAAAAGCAUUUGAAGAUUCCGAUGAUGAAGGCGAGAUUAAAGAAAAUAUUGAGUGCAAUGACAAAUGUGAUACAUCUAAUUUAAAGGAAGUUUCUGAAGAUUUAAAUAUAAGCUCAACUCAAGAUGAAGAAUUACAAUUGGCGCAAGUAUCCAAAACAACAUCAGAAGAAAUUAUAUCCCAAGAACCUGUGACACAGAUAAAUACUAUUAAAAAAGGAAUCGACUGUGAUCCAGAUUUGGGUAGUCAAACAUUUUCUAUAGCUAAUACAGGAAGUGGUACACAAUGUCUUGACGAUUUAAUAUCUAAAGAAAUAAAUAUAGGGAAUACAGAUGUUAUUAUGGGUGAUAAUUUAUUUGCAACAAAUGCAUCUCAAAAUUCACAAGAAUUGAUUACUCCAACACAGUCUCAGGAAAUUGGUGAAGAUAUUUUAGCUUUGUGUACCGGAAAGUUCUAUGACAACCCAUUUGUGUCACAGAUUCAAGAUACAAAUGAAGACAAAAUAUUAUCAAAUAAAGAAAUAGUUCUUGAAAACAAUAUAAAUAAAGGCACAUUGAAUGAAGAAAUCAAUAAAGAAGAUGGUAAUACAAAUAAGACUGAAGUUCUGGAAAAAGAAGAUGUAAGGAAUAAAGAGAAAGAGAUAUUAUCUUCUAUUCUAGAAGAAUUAGAUGACCCUCAGUUUGAAUCGCCGAAGAAAUAUAAAUAUUUCGCUAACGAUUCAAACGCAAAUAAAGAAAAUGAACAGAGUGAAGCUAAUAAAAGUAUUAAAAAAAAGUUAGUAAUUGAUUCAGAUGACGAAGUUGACAUAGAUAAUUCUGAAAAAGGUAGAAAAAAUAAAAUUAAAAAAAGAAAACUCCAACAAAGAGCAUUACAGUUUUCAGACGAUGAAGAAGAAAUGGAAGAACUCCAAUCUGAUGUUGAAGAUAACAUUGAAUCUGAUAUCGAAGAUGUUGAAAGAAUAGUUGAAUAUGACUCGGAAGAAAAUGAGGUGGAAGUACAACCUCAGAAAAAGAAGAAGAAAAUUGGCGAGUUUUUCGAGCAAGAAGCAGAACUGACUUCAGAAGAUGAAUGGAUUGGAUCUGGUGAUGAAGACGAGGCGGGGCUCGACCGCAUGGAGCGCGAGGAGGGUGAUGACGAUGUCUUCCACGAAGGAAAGCUCAGAAAGGAGCUGGGACAAAUACACAUGAGAGAUGUACUCGACCAAGACAAGAGAGAAGUAAGACUGAUCAAGGAAUUGCUGUUAGAAGAUGGAGACUUGGGUGAUGGGCAUAGACAGCGCAAAUUCCGAUGGAAGAAUGCUGAAGACACGGAAGAGACUGGCGCGGCAGGAGACGAGUUCGCCGACACACAGGAAGAGGAGUUUGAGUCUGAAGAGUUAUGGAGAAAACAGCGCCACGAAAGAGAAAUGUUCUUAAAGAAAAUGAAAGGGGAAGACGAAGAUCUUAACAGUACAAGCAUAAAUAGAAGUGCUCUAAUAAAAGCGAAUCUUAUAUCGAAAUCCGCAACCAAUCCCGCCACUGCACCAAAUAAAAAUAUUGAUGAAGACAAAGAGAAAGAAAUUAUUCAAGAAAAGAAAACGCAUAAAGAUAUACCAAGUCCAAAGAAACCCUUCGCCAUUUUUCAGCAAAACUACCACGGGUCGUUGCUGUCUCGAGGUAAAGGUGCGUUGGCACGGCUGGCUGCAAUCGCCACCCCGCUGGCAGGCGACGGUGAAACCACCAAAGUUUCCGCAUCAACGAAUAGAAGAAACUUCGUAUUUGCCGCCUUAUCGCAAGAUGAAGUUGAACCUAAGGUUUCUAAGAGAAAAGCCGAUACAGUCGCACCUUCGCCAGUUUUGAUUAAGAAAUUGAAGGCUGAGGAAAAACGGAAAACAACGCGGAGCAGUUUAUUUGACUAUUUGGAUGGCUAAUUUUAAGUCAUAUUGGUAGGCUGAAAAGUUUUAUAGAAUUUUAACUAAUGACACCAUAAGUUAAAUUAAUUGUAAUUCAAUUUUACUAUUGACAACAUUGAGUAUUUUUUCUGUAUAUGUAUUUAAACUGUUUUGGAAUGUUCUAUUUUAGAGUAAGUAUUUAGUAUGUAUAUGGAAUCUUCUGUUGGUUCGAAAAGCCCAGGAGGUUGAUUAAAAUAAAUAAAAUAGUGUGUUCAGUAACUAUUCAACUUUAAUUCACAUUUAAUUUAAUAAGCUAGAACUAUUUUUUGUAAUUUGUUAUGUUAAAUGACCUUAAUCCUACAUAACCUUUAUAACUGACAGGUAUAAAAAGUGUUAAAUAUUAGUAGUUGUACAUAUAAUGUCUAAAACUAGAUUUAGGUUCAAUAGUUAAAUGUAUCUAGAAUUUUGUAACAUAAUAAAAUUAGCACUUGAUAUGUUUUGGAUAGAAUAUUAUACUUACGAUUUGUUUUUA